ACGUAUAGUACUGUACAACUAACGGAAAGAUGGCGGAAUAUUUGUAUGGUCUCCCGUUUUCAGUGGUAGAUCCUCCUAAUUUACGCUUAAAAAGGCCUUCCUGGUUAGUCAUUCCAGGCCCAAUGCUGGUCUUCUCAAUCGUCAUGCUUUCCUAUUUUUUGGUAACCGGAGGAAUAAUUUAUGAUGUUAUUGUUGAACCGCCUAGUAUCGGAUCAACCGUGGACGAACACGGCCACUCUAAGCCGGUUGCAUUUAUGGCGUAUCGAAUCAAUGGACAAUAUAUUAUGGAAGGUCUAGCCUCUAGUUUCCUAUUUACUUUAGGUGGACUCGGGUUUGUUAUCCUAGAUAAGUCAAAUGUGCCAACUAUGCCGAAAUUUAACAGAUACUUAUAUUUGUUUUGCGGCUUUAUCUGUGUGUUGCUGUCCUUUUUUUCAUGUCGUGCGUUCAUGACAAUUAAAUUGCCGGGAUAUUUACAAGCUUGAAUGUCGCCAUCCCUGGAUGUCCAAUUAGUAGGAAAUGAAGUUUUGC